AUGUCUCAUCAUCUCUUCCUGCUCUCUCCGUCUGAUACACCAAUAUACAGUUUAACGCACUAUUCUACUAAGCUGCCGCAGCCAACAUCCUCGUCUCUUUCAUCAAACUUGCCUACAUGGUCUACUUCGGCGUUCGCGGGCACGCUUACGGCGUUGUCGGGAGCCUCUAGUGCUACGCAGUCUCAUCAUGUCCAAGGGGGCAGUGUGAGGAUGGGCGGAGGGCAAGAUCGACAUGUGAUCCAGAUGAUUGCGAACGCAAGUCUGGAUGUUAUUGAAGAUGUCAUGCGAAAGGAAAGCGCCAUGUAUCUGAAAUCUGUAGAUAAAUUCAAUGAAUGGACGGUGUCUGCGUUCAUCACUCCAGGCAACAUGAAAUUCAUACUACUGCACGAGACGAAGAAUGAUGAUGGGAUUCGGUCCUUCUUUCACGAUGUCUGGGAAUUGUACCUCAAGACAAUGUUAAACCCAUUCCACACGGCACAUUCUCCGAUACGCAGCAUUGUGUUUGAUACACGUGUUCGGGCCAGUGCGAAAAAGUACCUUUGA